UUUCUAAAUUAGGGUUCAUCGAAUCGUUACAUCUGCCAAAAGAGGGCUUUAAACCUUUUCAUUGAUGUCGGCAGAAGGGCACUAGAACUAAAUCAAUACAUUGAAGAUCAGUAGGUAAACCGAGAAAAUCGAAUUAGGGUUUAUCCGAUUUGUGAGACUUGAUGGGUAUCGUUGGUUCCAAGGCAGAUCACAACACUCCUUUGCUGAAUCUGUGUAAAGAGAGGAAGGAACUGAUCAGAGCAGCUAGAGAUGCCCGUUACCACUUAGCUAAAUCUCAUCUUCUUUACUUUCAAUCUCUUUUGGAUUUCACUAACGCUCUGAAUCAGUUUGUGCACAAGGACUUGAUCGUGAUUCCAUAUUCGGAUGACGAUUCGUCUAGCGAGUUGGUGUGUUCUGGUUCAUCAGAUUCAGAUUCGGAGUCUGAUUCAGACUCUAAUUCUCAUUGUUUAGCAUGUGAUGAAUCUCAAGCAGUUCCGUUGAGCAAGGAUGAUGAUCAAAACCCGCAAAAACCCUCGUCUGGAGAGCAGGCUUGCGGCUCAAGUAACAAUGUUCAGGAGGGUAUAGAGAAGUCAAGUGAAGGUGUAGGGUUAGUGGAGAAAGUGCCCGUGAUUGCUCCGGUUGAAGAUGAGAAGAGAGUUUUGGAGACUUUUCCUUCUAGUAACCAGCAGAACAGUUUCCAUGGUCACGAUCUAUUCGGUUUGUACGAUUUCUUGGCUAACACGGAGCUGGUUUAUACUGAACCGGAUCAGAGGUAUGAGACUGAGAGUGAUGUAUGGAGAGAGAUUAGGGAGAGAGAAGGGAUCCCUGAUUUGGAAUCUGAUAGUGAUCACAACGGUCUUGUAAGGAAGAAGAAUGUUCAAGAAAGCUCUUCAACGGGUAAAGACGCAGGGGAAGUUGACAAGAGGGAAGUGAAUAUUAGUGAUGAAGAAAACUCUUCAACUGCUAACGUUGUAGGUGAAGUUGAUAAGAGUGAUACUGAAGCAAACACUAGUAAUGGCAAGGCUGAUGAUGUCGAUGAAACGUGCACGCAAGAGAAGCAAACAAGUCCAGAGACUGCUACUGAAGUGACAAGAUCAGACGAGGAGCUUAGUGACGAAGCAUAUGAGUCUAGUUCUUCUUCUUCUUCUUUUUGUUCAGGUUCGGGUCAUACUGAUCUCAGGAACGUAGUAGAAAAGAUCAAUAGUAUAAGCAAGAAAGCUGCGAGUAGCAGUGAAGUCUCUGAUCUGCUUGAAGUGAGUAAAGUCAUUCCUCAUCAACCAUUAGGAUCCCAAUUCAAGGAACUUGCUUCAAGAUUACUCGGUAGUUCCAAGAGCUCGACUCGUGCUUUGCUCUUAAGACGUGGCUUGCCCCAAGAUAACCUCGCCGUUUCGCUUUCCAUGACACUAGAGAAGCUUUACGUGUGGGAAAAGAAACUUCACGCAGAAGUUACCGCCGAAGAAAAGCUUAGGGUUUUGUACGAAAAAGGCUACAGUUUUCUAAAGAGCCUUGAUCAGAGCGGAGCAGAACCGAGCGAGAUUUACGAGGCCGAAGCUGAGGUUAAGCUUCAUUUAUCCAAGGUUAAUGUUUCGGUUCGAGCGGUUGAGACAGUUUCAAUGAGGAUUCAUAAGAUAAGAGACGGAGAGCUUUCGUUUCAGGUGAAUAAGAUCAUCAAUGUGUUCAAAGAGAUGUGGAGAUUCUUGGCGAAAUGUCACCAUAAGCAGUUUCAAGCGAUCACGAGAAGCAAGUCUUGCGUUCACGUGGUUGAAAAAGGAUCUAGGAAAGUGACGCAGAAGGUCGAAGAACAGAUGAGAAGAUUUAAAGAGUCUUUGCGAAGCUACAUUGAUGCACACAGAGGUUUCGUUAGGUUCUUAAACGAGUGGCUUAACCGAAACAUCAUGGAGGAGGACGACCAAACAAAGACAGAAGCUCCUGAGAUAUUUAGGGUAUGUAGCGAGUGGCUAAGAGAGAUUGUGAAUGUAGAUGAAGUCAAAGUGUUGAGUGCUGUUGAAGAAAUGGAGUUGAGAUUUCGAGGCUUAGGGUUUAAGCAAUUAGAGGAGGAGAAAGUGAGGUUGAGAACAGAGAGGUUGUGUAAGGAGCUGGAAACGAAGACGAAGGAAGUGGAGGAGAGUUGGGGAGCGCAGGUUGAGGAGGUGAUGGGACCGGAACUGCUGUCGUUGAGAGAGAGUGCGACUCACGAAACAGAAAAGCAUGAGGGACUGAUCAGAGAGAUUAACGACGCUGUUUCAAUGACUUUGCAAGAGUGUUUGGUUCAUGUCUUCGAGGCCUUGGAGGGUUUUUGUUUUGGUAAUUUUAAGGCAUAUCAGAACAUUAGAAUCGUUUCGACAGAAACAGAAACUAUGUUAUUGUGUUAAUCAUAGAAACAAAUAUGUAAAUAAAGAAUUUUUUUUUUUAGUUUACAAAAAAAAAAUGUAAAUAAAGAAAAUAAAUGUUAUAAAUCGAUUGGUGGAUGUCCAUAACCGGUCCGGUCCAUAACCGGCCCAACACCUAGAGGGAGUGUCGGCCAAUCCUAGAGAGAGACAGCCGCAUGAAGAGAAGAAGAGAGAGACGGUUUAUGAGAAAAGGAAACUAUUUUUCUUUUUCCUUAUAUUUGUACACUUUUCAUAUUAUGUCUUUCCUUUUAUUUAUCUUGUAACCCCCACAUAAAGGGAAUACUUAUGAUUAAUGAAAUACACAGAAACUUACAGUUCUAAAUCCUAAGUUUUACAACACGUAUCAGCACGACAGCUCUAACACCCUGAGCCUAAAACCAAAUCGCUAAAACCCUAAAACCCUAAACGAAGAGGAAUCUGCCUUGAAACUUCAAAGAGGUCGUUCUCCCAAACCGUGAGGACCCAGAAAACGAUCAAGAUAUCAAAUCAAAGCCCUUGCCGAGACGAAUCAGUCAGUACAAACCGCUUGUCGAUCUGACCACCGACGUGCCCUCACGCACAGAUACGGUGCGCGCCGAUUUGCUUUGGAACCCUAAUCCGAACCCGACGAACCUUAAUCCGUCCCCGCGUCUGUUCCAGCUCGUAUCCACCUGAUCAGCUCCAGCUCCAAGGCGUUCCUGAUCCUAGACGAACUCAGCUCCAUCUUGAUCCGGGACAGCUCGCGUUCCAGACAGCAAAGCUUCCCGUUCGCAUCAGAGCCGCUCGCAAUCCCGACUGCAACAGCUCCCGUUCGACGAUCAGCUGCUCGCAUCUCCAACCUCAAUCCGUUCGCGUCCAGGCCAGCUCGUGUCCAGCUCGCGUUCCUGCCCAGCUCGAGGUUCAUUCUCUUGGUGGUCCAGUUUCAACAAUCUACAAACCUAAAGGUAUUUCAAAUUCUAAGAACA